UCAUGAUAAGAUUAUGUGCAUGAAAGCCCUUAUGUCAAUUAUGUGCACUACUUAUGUCAAAUAACUUUAAAUAUGUUAGGUUGUAGCAAGAAUUACAUUCUAAAGAUGCACAUUUGCACAAAAUUCAAAGAAAAAAUGGUUAAUUUAUUAAUGUCACAGUUAGCCUACAGCUUCUGAGUUGAGUCACUUGGGUCACAUUCCCUCCACUUCCUCUUACAUUUUUAACCCACCCAUUUUCAAUGUCUAACCUCACUGCACACAGAUAAAGAGAAGAGGAAGGAACUAAUGUGUCCUAUUAAGUGAAGCACAGUGCUGCAACACUGCUUUUCUCAACAGGUCGAAAUGAACAACACUGUGGCUGGUGAAAUCGAGCGAAAGCCUGCUUAUGCUAUUGUCUUUGGCUGUAUUAUGGCAAUUGGACUGCCUCUCAAUGCUGUGUCACUGUGGACUCUGCUUAGACACCACAGGCUCAAAUCCUCCACUGCUGUCUUCAUGGUCAACCUGGCCAUGUCAGACCUGCUGCUCGUCAUCUCCUUGCCCAUGAGGGUCUACUUUUAUGCCACCGGCACUUGGCCACUGAGCGCUGCGGCAUGUUGGUCCGUCACAAUGCUCUUUCGCAACAACAUCCGCUCCAGCUCCAUCUUUAUCACCUUCAUCAGCGUGGACCGACUGCUGGCCGUGGUUUAUCCUCUGAGGUCACGGCAUCUUCGAACCCUUUCCCACGCCUGGAAAGCUGUUGCACUCGUUUGGCUGUUUGUGUUGGUGGUGAACAUCCCAGAGAUUGUAGCCUUUUCAAAAAAUGCAAGCAACAACGGAUCCUACUGUUUUGAAUUACGUCAUGAUCUGGGCACUCUUAGCUCAGCAAUGGUUUAUUUUCAGCUUGUGCUAGUGCUCACCUUGCUGGCAGUCAUUGUUGUGUGCACUGUAAUGGUCUCUUGGACUCUACACAGACAUCUGAAUGACUCUGCAAGGGUCAACAACAAGGUGAAUGCCAUGCUGAUUUUUGUUAUGAACUUGGUUAUGUUCACCAUAUGUUUCUUGCCUGCGUCGGUUGGUUUACUUAAAGUUAACAAAUUUGAUCUUACGCCUUUUAUAUGUCUUGCUACUUUGAACUGCUGCCUAGAUCCACUCUUGUAUUACUUUUCUCUGGAUGCCUUCUGGAAGAAAAAAGAAGAUGCAGAUAUUGCAAGAGAACAUGUGGCAUCAGAUUUCCCAUAUAAUUUCUAAAUUUUUCAGCAAAA